UUUCCAUACAAGAACCUUGACUUUGCUGGCGUUUGUGUUGUUGAAAACACGUGUUAGUGAGGUUUUGCGUAAUUUUAACUGUUGUGUCAAUUUAUUAGUUGGUGUCUGGACUGUACGUAUCCCGUGAAGUGUCCGACCCUUCAGCCGGCGCUUCUAUGAGAGCGAUCAAAUUCGGCCAGUUCCUUCACAAGAACAAAAUAAGGUCAGUUCUUAACGACGGCGUGAAGAAUGUUGGUAGAAACAAAGUUUCAGUUGAAUUUGCAAGUGGUCAAGCGGCUAAUGAAUUCUUAGAAAACCCUAUACUUACCAUAUCCAAGCACAUUGCAUAUAUACCCACAUUUAACAUCACUCGCAUGGGAUUAGUCCGAGGUGUACCUGUAGACUGGCAUCUGGACGAGUUUAUUGACUCUGUGGAGCUCCCUGUAGGCUGCGGGGAGAUCCUUAAAGCCCGACGCUUAAAUCGCAAGAACAUAUUAGACAAUGUUAUGACCUGGGUUCCAACCCAAUCUAUUGUUUUAACAUUUAGAGGACAAACUCUCCCUCCUAGAAUUUUCUCCUAUCAUACAUCUCUUCCCGUGGAAACCUACCGUCUCCCCACCAUCCAAUGUUUAAAUUGCUGCCGGUUUGGUCACAUAAAAACUCAAUGCAGAUCGAAACCUCGUUGCUUUAAAUGCUCCCAACCUCAUUCAGGUGAAACUUGUGAAGUACUUAUUGAGAAUGCAACUUGCUUACUCUGCGGUGGUAAACACAUGGCUACAAAUAAGAGCUGCCCUGAACACUCUCGGCAGCAAUCUAUAAAACUUGUCAUGUCCGAUGAAAAUUUGUCAUAUCAAGAUGCCUCCUCCCGCUUCCCUCCCGUUCGCCGCUCAUAUGCAGAUAUGGCUAAAGAAAUGUUUACCGCUCCUGCAUACUCUCCCAUUUUUAAUCCUGCUAGACCUCGUCCUACACAAGCCCCGUCCAAAUCUUACAAACAAACUGUCACCCGCUCCCCUCGCCCCAGACCCCAACCUGCAAAGGGGUACGAUAGGCAAGCCCAUCAGGACAUCAUCCACAACUUUCCUUCUUCCACACCUAAUGGUUGCGCUCUGAAUGCAGAACGCGAUCACUCCUAUGCUCUACAACCCAAUGAUAAUAAUAUAUCUCUACUUACCAAAUCCCUUACCAAUAUCCUGGAAAAGAUAAACCAAAACCCUCCACCGUCCAACGUUGCUGAAAUUAUCAUCAAAAUCGCUUCUGUCUUAAAUAAUGGCUUCCCUGGAGAUACUCCAAUGGAAUAGCCAAAGUGUACGAAGAAAAAAACAUGAACUUAUUCAUCUUCUUAAUAAACAUAAGCCCGCUGUCGCUGCCAUCUCUGAGACAUGGCUCCUGCCGGACUCUCGUUUCAGGGUGUCAGGCUUUGCCUGCCUGAGGGAUGACAGGGAUGACGGAUAUGCAGGUAGUGCUAUUCUUGUUAGGCGCUCCCUUGCAUACUCCUCUAUUUCCCUCCCGCCUCACUCUCAUCAGCUCAAUGCUGUUGCUGUGAGAGCCCUUGAUGUCUCCUUUCUUUCACUCUAUAUUCCACAUCCUCAUUCCUCUCUUAUCCCUGACUUAAAAUCUAUUCUCUCCUCUCUCCCCCCCCCGGUACUCGUGAUGGGUGAUUUUAACUCUCAUCACACGUCCUGGGGUUCCCAUUCCUGUGACGGAUUUUCCACUCUCUUGCUGGAUGUUUUUGAUGAAUUAAAUAUUUGCAUUCUUAACGAUGGCUCUCCAACAAGAAGAGUGUAUCCUUAUCAAAAUCCUAAAACUGCUGUCGAUCUAUCUCUUUGCUCUCCCUCUUUGGCUUCUCUUACCUCCUGGAAAACCCUCCCAAGUACCCACGGUAGUGACCACUUCCCUAUUUUACUCAACAUAGCCCAAAAAUCCAUUCCACAGUAUAAUCCUAAUCCCCUUCUUAAACACAAACUUAACAAGGCCAACUGGUCUGCUUUUGCGGAAUCAGUUGACCUUCUUAUUGAUAACUUAUCAGAUGAAGACAGUACAGUUCUUUACUACGAUAACUUUGUCAAAAUUUUGAAAGAUUCAGCCGACCUCCAUAUACCACUCAAAACUACUAAACGUGAUUUUAUGGCAUCUCCUCCCUGGUGGGAUGAGGAAUGCACCAACCUAAUAAAAAAACGUAAAGAUGCAGAAAUUUCCUACACGAUGUUAAUGUCCCGUGAAAACUUUUUGGAAUACCAGCGCACCGAUGCCAAAUUCAAGAGAUCGGUAUCAAAAAAGAAAAAGCGAGGUUGGAUUACUUUCUGCGAGUCUCUGGAUCCCCGAUCCCCAUCUACCUUGGUAUGGGAUAGAAUGAAAAGAUACCGGCAAUCUGUCUCCUCUAGUGACCCAACUUCCAAUAACGCAUCUGUUUGGUUAGAUGCUUUUGCUGACAAACUUGCUCCACCAUUUGUUCCAUGCGAAUAUUCCUGUCCUCAUCUAACUACACUUACUUCCUCAGACACUAUGGAUGCCCCAUUCAGUUUCUUGGAGUUGCAGUGUGUUCUCUCGGACCUUAAAGACUCAACUCCAGGGGAAGAUGGUAUCCCAUAUUCCUUUAUUGUAAAACUUAACAAUAAAGCGAAACACUGCUUUCUUAACAUGAUAAACAGGUUUCUAGAAUCAGGAAUCAUCCCGGGACCUUGGAAAACGCAAGUAAUAAUCCCCAUUAGGAAACCUGGUAAAGAUCCUUCUGACCCAAAUGCUUACCGCCCGAUUGCCCUAUCUUCAACUUUGGCCAAAAUUAUGGAGCACUUGAUUAAAAACCGCUUGGAAUGGAUAAUGGAAAGCAGAGGCUUAAUUGCCAAGUCUCAAUUUGGCUUUAGAAAGGGCCUUGGUACAAUGGACAGCCUUGGAGUUCUUUCAACAGACAUUCGAAUAGCCCUAGCUAAAGGAGAGUACCUUGUGGGUGUAUUCCUAGAUAUUGCAGCAGCAUAUGAUAACGUUCUUCUCCCGGUACUCAGGCAGAAACUGCAACAGCUGAGCAUCCCACCGAGA